CCUUUCGUUUCUUUUCUCUUAUAAGUUCUCUUCCUUCGUCCCAACUUGGGACCUAUAUGCAUCUUGCUGUUCGUGUCUUCAUCACUCAGUUUGCAAUAUGCGGUUCCAAACAUUCCUUUCGGCUGCAAUCGGCCUCGCCGCCACCGUAAACGCUUACUGGCUUGAGGAUAUAACUCACCAGGGCGUCGCACCUUUUGGAGGUGAUGGCUAUACGGUGUUCCGUAAUGUUAAAGACUUCGGUGCCAAAGGUGAUGGAACGACAGACGACACUGCUGCCAUCACGGCGGCCAUGAACACGCCUGACAACAGGUGCUUGCAAGGAUGUGCUUCUACCACUACGACUCCGGCAGUCGUUUACUUCCCAUCAGGAACCUAUAUAAUCUCCAAGUCCAUUGUCCCACCGUAUUUUACUCAGAUGGUCGGUGAUCCGUCCAAUCGACCCGUGAUCAAAGGUAGUGCCGACUUCCAAGGUUUUGGUCUGAUCGACGGCAACCCUUACUAUAGCGAGAACUUGAACUGGGUUUCGACAAACGUCUUUUACCGUCAAAUUCGCAACUUUGUCUUUGAUACCACCGGUAUUGCGCCGGCGACCGCAGCGACUGGUAUCCAUUGGCCAACUUCGCAAGCGACUAGUCUUAUUAAUGUCGAGUUCAACAUGCCUACGGAUCCCAGUGUCGUUCACGUCGGACUUUUCAUUGAGAGCGGCUCCGGAGGUUUCAUGAGUGACUUGACGUUCAAUGGAGGCGCAACAGGAGCAUCUAUGGGCAACCAACAAUACACCAUGAGGAACCUGGUAUUUAACAACUGUCAAACAGCCAUUAUCCAACUGUGGAACUGGGGCUGGACCUACAUUGGACUGCAGAUCAACAACUGCCAAAAGGGAAUUGAUAUCACAGCCGGUGGAUCUGAUGCGAUUGCGACUGGCUCCAUUACAGUUAUCGACAGUACUUUCAAGGACACUCCGGUCGGUAUCACGACGGCAGCCCAAUCUGGCUCUAAGCCGGACACAGCCGCAAGUAUCAUCUUGGAGAACCUCAACCUCCAGAAUGUCCCUGUCGCAGUUCAGGGCCCGAGUGGUACUUUACUCGAAGGAGGUUCUACGACAAUUGCAGCAUGGGGCCAGGGUCACCAAUACACACCCGACGGACCUAGCACAUUCUCAGCAACUAUCACCCCUAACACAAGGCCUGCCUCCCUCGUGGUCGACGGUGCUUACUACUCCCGAUCAAAGCCUCAGUAUGAGAAUCUUGCUGCGUCCGAUAUCGUGAGCGCCCGAAGCUCCGGAGCUAAAGGUGAUUCUACGACUGAUGAUACCGCAGCGCUACAGUCCGCCAUUAACAGCGCAGCUUCCGCUGGAAAGGUUCUCUUCCUUGACCAUGGUAUCUACAAAGUUACUUCGACCCUAAGCAUUCCGGCGAACUCAAAGAUUGUCGGAGAAGGCUACCCUAUCAUCGUAGCCAGCGGCGCAACUUUUGGUGACAUGAGCAACCCGAAGCCUCUGCUACAAGUCGGUGCCAACUCAGGCGAUGCUGGACAAGUAGAGUUCUCGGACUUUGUUGUAGGAAGCCAAGGAGCUGCUCCUGGAGCUACUCUUAUUGAGUGGAACCUGGCCUCAACAGCAGAUACUCCGAGUGGUAUGUGGGAUGUCCACGCGAGGGUUGGUGGAUUUACCGGCUCGGACUUCCAAGUCGCACAGUGCCUUAAGCAGCCCGGCUCCAGCACCAUCGACGCGAAUUGCAUCGGCGCGUACAUGUUAAUGCACGUUACAUCGAAGGCAUCCAACCUCUAUAUGGAGAACACAUGGCUGUGGACAGCUGACCACGACAUUGAAGACGCCACCAACACACAGAUUACUGUCUACUCUGGCAGGGGUCUCCUCAUCGAAUCGACCGUCGGAAACUUCUGGCUCGUUGGUACUGCUGUUGAGCAUAACAACCUCUACAACUACCAGUUUUCUGGGACGAAGAACAUCUUUGCCAGCAUGCUCCAGACCGAGACCCCGUACUACCAGCCUACGCCGGAUGCUACCAAGCCUUUCCCUGUAGUCACAGCUCUUAAGGACCCCGACUUUGCGACAUCAUGUUCUGGUGUUUCAGGAAACUGCGCCAAUGCAUGGGGUCUCCGUGUCGUCGACUCGUCAGAUAUUUUCAUCUACGGUGCCGGCCACUAUUCGUUCUUCAACAACUACAGUACUGAUUGCUCUACCGUAGACGCAGGCGAAAACUGCCAGGCGCGAAUCGUCUCGCUCGAAGGCUCGACUAGCAACGUUAACAUCUACGCCCUCAACACAAUCGGCUCUCUUAGCAUGAUCGAUCAAGAUGGCAAGAGUUUAGCCAAGUGGCAAGACAACGUCAACGUGUUCCCGGCGAAUAUCAUGCUGUUCAGGACCGGCUAGAACCCGAGUCGAUGUGAACAACCAUCUCGCGCUGGAAGCGCUUCGCCAAAGAGCGGAAUAAUUCUAUCCCUACGUGGACACCCAGGUUAUACCAGAUACAAAUUGAGAUCUGCGGGAUAUAUCAUAGGUUGCGUGGGCUGGUUUGCAUAUUAUGUUUCGCUGUAUAUCCUUUAAAUUAUUGGAAUUAAGUACCUUCAAUGUAUAUAGUAGGUAAUUUUAGUUGGAUCUAAAUUGCCAUUU